UGUCACUUGGCUCAGUAUGAUCACUGAAAUAUUAUUUUUUCCUAUUUGGAUCCUUUCAACAGCCCCUGUUGCCAGUUCAUUGUGUGCACAAUAUACCCAUCGGACAGUUGUGAUCACUGGAGGACUUCUGGCUUUUUCAGGAAUGGCACUGGGAUUUUUUGGAUUCAACAUGGUAUGGAUGUAUGCAACAACUGGCUUCCUACAGGGUCUCGGCAUCUCUUUUUCAUGGACACCAGCCAUUAGCAUUGUAAGCCACUAUUUCUCCAAGAAAAGGGCUUUGGCCAAUGCUGUUGCCAGUGCUGGAGAAUGUGCCUUUGCAUUCAUGUUUGGACCAUUUUUCCAGUGGCUGAUUAGUCAGUAUGGAUGGAAAGGUGCCCUCUUGAUCAUAGGUGGCAUCCAACUCAAUGUUUGUGUCUGUGGAGUGCUGAUGCGACCCCUGGCAAGCAGCUGCCUCCUUAAGGCCAGGCAUUGUGAAACUGAAACACCACCAGGCAACAGUGCAUCCAGGAGAGACAAAGAUAAGUCUCCCAUCACGCACAAAACCUUUAACUGGAUGCUUGUGAGGCGACCAGAAUUUGUACUUUAUGCCAUUUUUGGUAUAUUAGCUGCUAUGAGUUUUUUUGUUCCUCCAUUAUUUUUAGUUCCACUUAGCUACAGCCUGGGAAUAGAUGAAUCAUGGACUUCAACCCUCCUAUCCAUUUUGGCUAUAGUGGACUUUGGAGGCAGACUGCUGUGUGGCUGGUAUGCCAACCUCCAUGUAACCAAAACCAUUCAUUUGCUGGCAAUGACGAUUACAUUGAUGAGUACUUCCCUGAUGUUGUUGCCACUGGCUAACAAUUACGUAUCCUUGGCAAUAUUCACUGGCUUCUAUGGAUUCUUCUUUGGUACAACAGUCUCCAUUCACAUUACAGUGCUGGCAGAUGUUGUGGGCAUGCCAGAAUUUGACAGUGCUCUAGGGCUUUUCAUGCUCAUUCGAAGUACUGGAGGUUUUGUGGGGCCUCCUCUUGCAGGUAAGUUAAGACAAUUAACUGCCAAAUACAGCUUACAAGAAGAAAGGGGAAUGGUAAUCCAAGCUGAAAAGAUCUGGAUCUGCACUCAGAUUUCCCCCUUUUUAGCUCAGGAGUAUUUGAGCCAAGAAGUACAUAAAAACAGUUUAAAUUCUCUCCAAAAUACCUUGCUCCCUCUCUUCUGUGUGAUUUCAGAGAUACCAUUUCAACAAGAAACAAGAGAUGAAAGGCAGGGUUCACAUGGUGGUCCUGCUUCCUGAUUCCCACAUAAUACCACUUGAUGGCCUCCAACUAUCUUGCUAAGAAGGUGUGCCUUUGGGACAAGUAGCAGACAUACAAUUUUAGAGAAGAAACUGAAAUUUCAGACUAGUGAUGUUGCAUAAAUGCUGGUGUUGUUGGGAGGGUUUCUACAGAAGUUCAAAUUGAACAGCCUGAAACAUUAGGCUAUGUAAACCUAAAAUAUUCAGAUAAAUGCCUGCUGGUUUUAGACAGCAUUUGAGCCAACUAUUAUACUAAAUAGGGAAGGCAGCAUGUAAGAAGAGUGGGAAGA